AUGGCGGGCAGAGAAUAUUCUGUGUCCCCUCCACCGGGAUGGACAAUGGACCCGGAAGAGCUUGACUGCGAGGGUGAAUGGGCAGCGGUAGAUUCUUGGGGAUAUCAUGUCGCUACUAAAUAUGAGCUUGGGAAAUGCAUCCCUAUCAUGUGCGAUCCUCAGGGGGGAGAAGUCCUUUUUGAGGCGAGUGGGAAAUUCUACAUGGUCUACCAGAUGUCUGAAGAAGUGGCCCGGAUUCUUUUACCGGAGACGCUCGGUGAAAUCGUUGCUGUCUUGAAGGGAGAAAGUCGACGACAGUCACUGAAAACACGGGCGCUCGGCUCCAUGGUUUAG